GAGGCAGUGUUCGUAUAGUGAAGGAAGUAAUAAAGGAAGAGAGAUGGAAGAGAAGAGGACUAGAGGAGAGCCGCGGGUACUGGAAUGGGUAUCCGAUGUCCCUCCGCCUCCAGUACCCAAGACAAACUGGGCAUCCUUCAUGCUAGAGAGAAUUGCUGCCCAUGGCGAGAACAUCGCAACGAUCGACGCGUUGACAGGAGAGAACCGGAAGUACAGCUGGUACCUAACGUCGGUUCCCAAGGUGGCUGGAGGCCUGGCCGCUGCGGGGAUCGAACCCGGUCAUUCUGUUAUCCUGUUAACUAUCAGUCACCUGGAUUACCCACUUCUCUUGCUGGCUGUCACCUACCUAGGUGCCACCUGUGUCCUGCUGUCACCUGACCUCUCUCAAGAAGAGCUAGCACGCUCGAUCAGGGUAUGCCAGGCUCAGUGGGCAGUGAUACACAGCAGUGCCCAGAGGCUGCUAGAUGGUGCCCAAACACUCCUGCCCACUGGCACUCUACGACGGGUGUGGCUCCUGGACCCUGGCACUAGCAGUGCCGGCCACACCCUCACACACCUCCUGCAAGCACAGCCUAUACAAGCCCACAGCCUAGGUGUGGAGUCCCAGAGGACCGUAGCUGUGGUCUUCUUCUCUUCAGGGACCACUGGGGUCCCUAAGGGAGUCAUGCUGUCACACUCUAACCUCACAGUCCCUCUCUGGUUGAACAGGUACGCAGCAUCCCUGCUGGGAGGAGGAGAUGAAGAAGCCGGCUUCGCACUCAUGAGAGUGAAAUACUUAAUGAUGAUGCUGGUGUUGCCUCUACAUCACGUCUACGGUUAUAGUAUGAUUACCGGUAAUCUUUAUAUCGGAGGUACGACGCUUCUUCUGCCGGUCUUCUCUCCUCAGAGAUUCCUCAGCGCCAUUGAGCAGUUUAAGGUGAGGUUGUGUCCUGUAGUACCUCACCUGGUCAGCUUCCUGGCAGACACACCGCUGCUAGACAGGUACGACCUCACCUCCCUGGAAGUUAUGUUCUCCGCAGCUGCACCUCUACCUGUCUCAACCCACACCAACAUAAUUAACAAGACAGGGAUAAACUUGAUGUCAGGCUACGGGAUGACUGAAGUUGCCUCUGUUACUACAAAUGGAAGCGUCUAUGGCUUCUGUUUGGGAUCCGUGGGGCGUGUGAUGCCUUAUACCAAGGUUAAGAUAAUCGACCCGGAAACUGGGAGAAUGCUGGCGGAAGGAGAAGAGGGUGAGGUGUGUGUCAAAAGCUUGACAGUCAUGCUGGGCUAUAUCAAUAACCCAGCUGCCACGGCUGCAAUGAUCGACUCUGACGGGUGGCUUCACACAGGGGACCUGGGUUACUACAACUCAGACGGCUUCCUCUUCCUAACAGAUAGGAUCAAGGAUCUUAUCAAGGUCAAAGGUUUCCAGGUGUCUCCUAAACAAGUAGAGGAGGUGUUGAUGGGGAUGGAGGGUGUUGGGGAGGUGGCAGUGGUGGGGGUACCACACCCCAGGACAGGUGAGGCAGCUAGGGCUUAUGUGGUACCUAAGCCCUCAGCACGUCUCUCCCCGGCACUCCUACAGCGUUACGUAGCAGAACGCCUGGCGCCCCAUAAACAUCUCACAGGAGGUGUGGAACUGCUGGAGAUGUUACCCAGGAACCAGUCAGGCAAGGUUCUCAAGAAGAAGUUGAUAGAAUCCUACAUCGCCUCCUCCAAGCUCUGAGGUCUUCAAGCUGCAGUAGCUGCUGUCUUCAAGCUCUAAGCUUUUGGGCAAAAGCAGUAGCUACUGUCUCCAAGCUUCAAGCUCCCUGACAGAAGCAGUAGCUACUGUCUUCAGGCUGCAGUAGCUGCUAUCUCCAAGCUCUGAGAGCCUUCAAAAAAACAGUAGCCUAAGUAACUACCCUCACUGCCACUCACGCAUCUUCUGGAGAUGGCAGAUGAUGUAUUUCAAAAAUAAUAAAUGAUAACC